AUGCCGAGGCCAGAGCACAAUGCGAGGAGAUCAGGCGUCAAAGGCACGUUUAUCUCCGAGACUCCACUGAAGCCUCCAGUGGCUUCACUGCUGGUCACCAGUGCUGCAGUGAGAAAGAUGGUUACUUACUGUGGUCAAGUUUAUCUGAGUAAAUUGUAUGAGGAUGAGAAAGACCAGUCUAAAGAAAAGGAGAAGAAAGUGAAAAAAAUGAUACCUUCCUGGGCUACCCUUUCUGCCAGCCAGCUAGCCAGGGCCCAGAAGCAAACACCGAUGACUUCCUCCCCACGUCCCAAGAUGGAUGCAAUCCUAACUGAAGCCAUUAAGGCAUGCUUCCAGAAGAGUGGUGCAUCAGUGAUUGCUAUUCGAAAAUAUAUCAUCCAUAAGUAUCCUUCUCUGGAGCUGGAGAGAAGGGGAUACCUCCUUAAACAAGUCCUGAAAAGAGAAUUGAAUAGAGGAGUCAUCAAACAGGUAAAAGGAAAAGGUGCAUCUGGAAGUUUUGUUGUGGUCCAGAAAUCAAGAAAAACACCUCAGAAAUCCAGAAACACAAAGAGGAACUCUGCAGUAGAUCCAGAACCACAAGUAAAAUUGGAGGAUGUCCUCCCCCUGGCCUUUACUCGCCUCCAUGAACCUAAAGAAGCUUCCUACAGUCUCAUCAGGAAAUAUGUUUCUCAGUAUUAUCCUAAGUUAAGAGUGGACAUCAGGCCUCAGUUGUUGAAGAAUGCUCUGCAGAGAGCAGUAGUGAGAGGACAGUUAGAACAAAUAACUGGCAAAGGUGCUUCGGGGACAUUCCAGCUGAAGAAAUCAGGGGAGAAACCCCUGCUUGGUGGAAGCCUGAUGGAAUAUGCAAUCUUGUCUGCCAUCGCUGCCAUGAAUGAGCCGAAGACCUGCUCCAAUACUGCUCUGAAGAAGUAUGUCCUGGAGAACGACCCAGGGACCAAUUCUAACUAUCAGAUGCAUUUACUGAAGAAAACUGUACAGAAACGUGAAAAGAAUGGGUGGAUGGAGCAGAUCUCUGGUAAAGGAUUCAGUGACACAUUCUAACUCUGUUUUCCAUAUUACCUCAGCCCAGGAGUUCUGUUUCCAAAGAAAGAGCCAGAUGAUUCUAAAGACGAGGAUGAAGAUGAAGAUGAAUCAUCAGAAGACGACUCUGAGGAUGAAGAGCCACCUCCUAAGAGAAGUUUGCAGAAGGAAACCCCAGCCAAGUCCCCAGGGAAGGCUGCAUCCAUGAAGCAGAGAGAGUCCAAGCCUACACCUGCCCAGAGGGGAAAAGCUAGGCCCCUGCCCAAGAAAGUCCCUCCUAAAGCCAAAACUCCUGCCAAGAAAGCCAGACCCUCACCCUCGGUCAUCAAGAAACCUAGUGGUACCCCCUCGAAGAAGCCUGAAGCCAAUUCAAGAAAGGAAGUGAAAUCGCCUGGCAAGGGUAAAUCCACCAUGAAGAAGUCUUUCAAAGCAAAAAAGUAAAUUUUAUAGGAAAAAAGGUUAUCAUGAUGAAAUUGAGAAUCUUAUUUUAUAAGGUCAGUGUGCAUUUGUUUUAGUUUUGAUGCUUAUAAAAUUACACUUUUUUCCUCCUGUAUGAACAUUGUGGGGAGGGAACAUAAUAAACCAAUUUAGGCAUUUUUAGCUUUAGGUGCUGUUCUUGGUGCCUGCCCCUUCCCUCAGUCAUUUUAAUUUCUGCAAUAAUCCUGAAC